AAUCUCUUAAGACUAUACAUAGCGGUACGCGUGUUACACAAUAUCUGAUCUGAUCUGUAAGUCAAUAUUUGGAUUUUAUGUUACAUAUUUGAACGGGGUAGGGGAUAGUAAACAGGCUCAGUUAUACUCAGACAGACAAACAAACAAGAGUCAUGAAUCAUGAGUAAAUAACAAGAACCUUGUAUAUACAUGAUUUCCACACAGAGGAUAACUUUACUUGAAAGUUGAAGGCGUGAGACCCUAAACUACCUGUACUGCCAAUGAUCAAAGGAGAAAAUAUGGGACUAUUACGGACUCGUCAGUUCCGGAUAAUAGCAGUUAUAACUGUAGUGAUGCUGGUUUUAGUGCUACUGUUUCGAAGUCAUACUAAAUCAUCAAAAUCUGAAAUGCCUUCUAUACGAGUGAAAAAGCGCCUGGAUUUGUCUACCUUAAAGGUGAAUAAAACGCUUGAAACGGAACUGAAAGAGAAAUAUGAACUGUACCCAGCAAAGUCUCGGGGAGCAACAAUUUUUGUAGACGUUCAAGGUCGUGUCCGUGUGCCGCCAUCAUUUAUUCUCGAGAUAAUGGAAUUCCGUGACUUGGAGGAGCUAUACCACAGGUACAUAGAAAGCAUCCAGGUACCAUGUACGAGACAAAUUCACCUUGGCAACCAUCAAGAUGGCGGCUAUGAUUUAUGUGAAAAUGAGAAUGUUGUACCCGCUAAGCCUUGUGUCGUUUAUUCUUUCGGUGUGCGGACGGACUUUUCUUUUGACGAAGAACUAAGCAAAUGGUAUGGAUGUGUUAUUCACAGCUUUGAUCCUGCAAAUGGUAUGGCAGAUCAUCAACAUUCACCUGCGGUAUAUUUUCACUCCAUGGGACUUUGGAAGGCCGACGAAGUUAUGAACACGAACUGGAAAAUGAGAACAUUGAACAGUAUAAAAAAUGAGCUUGGACAUCAAAAGGCAAACUUAGCUAUGAUGAAGAUUGAUAUCGAGGGCGCUGAAUGGGACGCUUUACCGGAAAUGCUCAAAAGUGGCGCGCUUAAAGGCGUGAAACAACUAAUUAUGGAGUUCCACAGUUGGGUAGACCUUCCUCCUUGGCAGCUGGACCAUAGGAAUAAAAAAGACUACAGACAUCAUCUGAAUGUGUUUAGAAGAUUAUACGAGGAAGGUUUUAGAAUUUUCUAUUUUAAACGGUUCCCGGGACAAUGUUGCUUGUAUGAGGACGAGUUUGACAUAUCAAGAACAGGUUGUCAUGAAAUUCACUUGAUGCGAGUCUUUGGGUAAAAUGUGGGUAGAAUGUGGGUAAAUGGCUUAUUGACGAUUAAACGCAAUUUUGAUGUAACUCAAACACAAGAAAUGUCAAGAAUGCGCUUGCUUUAAGAGAAAAAAAAAGAAAUAUGUUGUAUAUAAUACAUUGGUAUGCAGCAUAUGGUAUAUAAGGAUACAUAUGUGUCUACGAUAUACGAUAAAGUAGAAGCUUGUGUUGAAUAUGACGUUGUUUGGAAAAUGUAUGUAUACACAUGUAGUUUGUGUCUUAAGUUUUAGGCAUAGAAUAAUUUUUAGUAAAGUAUGUGUUAAUGUAUGUGUUAAAGAAUUGUGUUUAAAAUAUGUGGUAAAGAAAAUUCAUGUGUAAAGAAUGUGGUUAACAAAAAUUGUGUGUAAAGUAUGUGGUCCUGAAGAAUUAUUAACAAAGUAUGUGGUAAAGAGGAAUUAUUUGUAAAGUAUGUGGUGAGAAACAUUGUGUGUAAACUGUAUGGUAAAGAAUGAAAAUUGUUUGCAUAAUAUAUAAUAUGUGGUAUAGACGAAACAGAAGAAUUGUACGUACAUUUAUAAUAUGUGGAUAGAAAACAUUGGUAAGAAGUGUGUAUUUUAUGCGGUAUAGAAGGAAUGUUUGUAAAUUAUAUUGUAUAGGAGAGGUGUUUAAAGUGGUAAAUGUAAAUGUGUAAGCAGUAUGUGCCAUAUUUGGUAUGUAUAUUGUAUACAAAGAAAACUGUGUGCACAGUAUGACUUGUAAGAAAUUGAUUGCACGAUUUUGCGUUACUACAAAUCUAGUAAGAACAAUACGUAUUGAUUUUUUUCGAUGUCUUGAAUAUGAAUUUAUUUCACUAAAACUAAUGUUUUUUGGAAUAAUUGUGUUUUCAUUUCUUUAUCAGCAUCAUAAAUGUCGUCAUUUACAAAUAUAUUUACAUAAUAGUUGAAAAGUAGUUAAAUGAUUUUCAACCAGGCAUUAUCUGUUUGUUUGAUAUUAUGAAUUGAGCUUAAAACACCAUAAUUACUCCAGGUACUACGUUUUAGGAUGUGUUUUUCUUUAUUAUUUUUGACAUACAUGUUUCACCUAUACGUAUUAGUUUAACAAUAACUUGACGUGGAGGAUAAUCUUGAAAAGGCAAAUAAACAUGUUAUUUUACAGUUAAUUUAUUGCAUUUAUCUACAUGUGACAACCCGGACAUUGUACGUAUUGUUCAUGAAAUAUUUUCUUUGUUUUCUUUUAUUAUACAUUUUCCUAUAAUUAUAUGCCUUGCAUUACAAUCAAAUUGUCAACAUACGCAUACGAACCUUAUAUUUUUGUAAUAAUAAGUUAAAGACGUUGUGUUCAUUUAUGACUGUAUCAAUAUGAAAACUUUGUCUGUACAUAACGACAUUGUGGUACUCUGUUUAAUCAUUUUUACUUGUUUUUAAUUAAUGUCUAUUUAUAACCAUGGCUGUAGCGACUUCUGUUUUUAAUAAUACCCAGUAAUAGUUUUGAAAUAAACGAUAUUGUUUCACAAAAGUACGUGUUUCAAUGGGAAGAAAGGAGUUUAUUUUGAGCAAUGUAUACAAUGUAAAAACAAAAAUUAUGAUUGUAACACAUUCUGUCAUAAUCUUUGAUUCCAAAUAUUUGCAAAACAAUUUUAUAUAUUAUAUAUGAUUUUUUUAUUUAUCUCGCAAAAUUGCAACGCAAAUGUUCAAAAGUUUCUUAUAGUAUAAGAUCAAGCGUUCGUAGAAAGUCGGCAAACUUCGUCAUUUCCCAUAUCCUUUAUUUGACAGCAAUCAGUCUGCAAUACCUGCUCUUUCGCAGGGACCAGACUAUAAGCAGUCAGAUGACUAGAUUUAUUCUACUCUGACUCAAAGUAACGCUUUAUGUAUAAAAUGCGAAAACAGUAGAAACGGUGGUGAAUAUUCAAAAAAAUAAUAAUGUAAUUAUAAUCUCCAAAAAGGUUGUCAAAUAGCAACUUUUCAGUCGUUUUCGUCUUUUAUACGCUGAUUCAGGAAAAAGUGACGAUGGUCGAGAAGCCGAAGAUUGUUAAUUAAAUGACACACAACAUGGUGAGUCACGGUACAUCGAUUUUAAUAUAGUAUACAGUUUUUCCUCCUUUGCAUUCCUGACAUAAAACACUCUGUACGUUCGUUUAUAGUCUUAUGUUAGUUUUUUAAUAAUCAUAUUUCAUUCAUAUUUUAUUGUGAUGUAUUUGUAUCUAAAAUGUACAUUUAAUACGAAUUACUCAUUUAGAUAUGAAAUUAAACAUGUUUAAUUAUA